AUGGUGUUGGCGGCGGUCAGGGAGGUGCAUGUCGAGAUGGAGCCCACUGUGGAGGAGCAGGCGCUUCCGGUCGACGCACGAGAGACGCCGUCCGUCGACUUUGAGGGGCCUGAGGAUCUGAGAGUAAAAGUUUGCAGCUCCUCUAUCACCGCCAUCGGACCAAAAUGUCAGCAAAUCUACAAUCAGCCACCAUCAAUUUCAUUCAAGGAGAUAGGAGAUGCGCUGGCGCGCUGGCCAGCUGCCACCGUCACGGACUCGAUGACAAUUUCAGUACUCGUGCUUGGCACCACCGAUGCUGAGUUUCUUGCAGUGAAACUUUAUUUUCUUCGAUAUGCUUAUGAUCCACCAAGUGACCUCAAAGAUUCGGCUUCCACUUUCAGCCCUUGCGCAAGCGGUGAGAGCCAAGAAGGUGCUGAUACUACUCAAAAUAUGAAUGAUACCGAUAAAAACAACAGCGAAAGGGAAGAGAGUGAUUUAGCUCUGGAGAAGGAGAGUGCUACAUUCACCUCACAGAAGCAGCACCUGGAAGAAUUAUCUGACGCAAAGGAAACAUUUAUUGGAGGUCCUGAGGCAGAGGCCAAAUCCAACAGCACAAAGGAUUUUGACAAUCCAAUUGCUAAGGUGGGGAGCAGUAUAGCAUCUGACAAGAUGAGAGAUGGGUGCAAUGCUAAUGCCAUUCCGUGUCCUGUUACUUCAAAUCAUACAACUGAACCCAGCUCCGUAGCUUCCCAGGAAGCCAGUCCAGCAAGUACAAAAGACACAACUAUCCCUGAACAAGUUGAAAGGCCAAGUUCUGAGGAAUUACUAGCUGAUGUUUCACUUCCACAAGGGAAGGUAGAGCCGAAGAAGACUGAACCUGCACCUGCUGCCUCGUCUAAUAUCCAACAGCAUGGGUGCAAACAAGCUGGAAAUGGCAACACUGAACCUAAAAGCAAGGAAAACGCUGCGGCCGAUGAUGACCCCAUAACAAGGCUACAGCGAGCGGCCGGUACUGCAAUAUAUGAUUACUCUUGGAGGUUCUUCUGA